AUGGGCCUCUUAGCCGACAUUGUCUCUCGUUUCUGCGAGAACUGCUCGACCCUGUCCACCGCCGCGCUCGUCGCAAGUGCCAUAUCGGCUUUUAUCGUCCUCUCCAUUGUUAUCAACGUCCUGCAGCAGCUCCUGUUCAAGGACCCUACAAAGCCUCCGGUGGUCUUCCACUGGUUUCCGAUAAUUGGAAGCACGAUCUCCUAUGGAAUUGACCCAUACAAGUUCUUUGACGACUGCAAGGAGAAGUAUGGAGAUAUCUUCACAUUCAUACUCCUGGGCAAGAAGACGACUGUUUUCCUUGGUACAAAGGGAAACGAUUUCAUUUUGAACGGCAAGCUCAAGGAUGUUUGCGCAGAGGAUGUCUACUCCCCUCUCACCACCCCAGUGUUCGGACGACAUGUGGUGUAUGAUUGCCCAAAUUCCAAGCUCAUGGAGCAGAAGAAGUUCGUCAAGUUCGGCCUCACCUCUGAAGCUCUUCGAUCCUAUGUCACCCUGAUCACCAAAGAAGUCGAGCAGUUCUUCGAGUCCUCUCCCAUCUUCAAGGGCGACUCCGGAGUUUUCAAUGUCAGCAAGGUUAUGGCUGAAAUCACCAUCUACACCGCCUCUCGAUCUCUACAGGGCAAGGAAGUGCGCGGAAAGUUCGAUUCCAGCUUUGCAGAACUCUACUCCGAUCUCGACAUGGGCUUCGCUGCCAUCAACUUCAUGUUCCCAUGGUUCCCCUUCCCACACAACCGCAAGCGCGACCGUGCUCAAAGGAAGAUGGCCCAGGUUUACACCGACAUCAUCCGUCAGCGACGUGCGGCUGGCGGAGAGAAAGACUCCGAGGACAUGGUAUGGAACUUGAUGUCGUCCGUGUACAAGAAUGGAACGCCAAUUCCAGAUAUCGAGGUUGCCCACAUGAUGAUUGCCCUACUUAUGGCCGGCCAACACUCUUCUUCCUCCACCGGCUCCUGGAUCGUUCUCCGCCUUGCCAGCCGUCCAGAUAUUCUCGAGGAGCUCUACGAGGAACAGAAACGUGUUCUCGGCGAGGAUCUUCCACCACUCACCUACGAAGCUCUUCAGAAACUCGACCUUCACAACAAUGUAAUCAAGGAGACUCUCCGCCUUCACGCUCCAAUCCACUCCAUCCUCCGUGCUGUCAAAUCCCCUAUGCCCGUUGAAGGGACCAACUAUGUUGUCCCAACCUCUCACAACCUCCUUGCCGCUCCUGGUGUUCCCUCACGAGACCCUCAGUACUUCCCUGACCCCCUGGUCUGGAACCCUCACCGAUGGGAGAACAACGUUGGUGUCACCGUAGUCGAGGCCAGUGAAGAAAAGACAGAUUACGGAUACGGUUUGGUUAGCAAGGGUGCCAACAGUCCUUACCUCCCAUUCGGCUCAGGCAGACACAGAUGUAUCGGUGAACAAUUUGCAUAUGUUCAGCUUGGAACCGUAACAGCUACGCUAGCCAGACUAAUGAGAUGGAAGCAAGUUGAAGGCACCAAAGAUGUUGUGCCGCCAACUGACUAUUCGUCCCUCUUCUCGAAGCCAUUUGGCAACCCAAUGGUCUCGUGGGAGAAACGAAAGCAGGCUUCUCAGAAAUGA